CCUGUAGCAACAACUAACAACAGGUCCCUGAUAAUGGAACAACCGAGGCAAUAGUACUGAUAAGUACUUGCUGUGGGACUAUUACACCAGAUUUUUUAGUGCCUCGGAUUAAUGCCUAUUCGAUCAUAAGCAUGAAGGAAGAGGCAAAUAAUGGGGUACAGUGAUCAUGAUGACUUAAGAAGAAAUCCAUUGUAAUUUUAAGUAAGUGCUGCACAUCUAAGUACAAGCAAGAUGGUGGCCUCGCUAGCAAUUCGUGAACCCCUGACUGUAUCAGCCACACUGCUCUACCUGGCACUGUUCUUCUACAUCUACAUCCAACUCAUACUAGUCCUCGUUUAUGGCCACAAAAGAUGGUGCUACAGAACUUUCUUACUGUACACGUGUGCCAUGUGGGCUGGGCUGCGGGUGACUCUCUUCUCCUACUAUUGUUACCUGGAGCAUAACAAUAUACAAGAGACCAUCCCUGAGCUCUCUCGUCAUGUGGGAACUGCCUCGUACUUUAUCCUCUUCUCAAUGCCGGUGUACUUGCAGUUUUGUGUCCUUUGUCUUCUUGUCUCUUAUUUCUCACAGAUUGUGCGAAGCACUGAAGACCGAUACCAACCAACAAGAUGGAGGAGCUUAUCAGGCCACACAGCAGGGGUGGUGGUGGCAAACAUUGUGGUAUUUGUGACCAACCUAACAUGUGCUAUCCUUAUCAAGGAAGCAGAACAUCAGAUGCCAGCCUUGACAGAUAGUAUUAUUCCAAGUCCGAAGCUCCUUGUUGCCAAACUUCCAGGAACUGUGCCAUAUGUCAUUUACAUCCGGGUUUUCAUCAAUGGGCUGAUGUUUAUUGCCAUGGCAGCCGCUCUAGCGUACCUGAUUGUGCAAGUGGCAAAAACUGCCGAAGUGCGGCUUCUUCUGGAGACUGAGGAUAUGACCCAGGCUGGGGCUCGUAGUGUGGGCAUCCUCUUAGUGACCCUCUACCUGUGCAGAACUGUUGCCAAUAUCCUGGCUCUUGUGCCUAAUGUUGGCUGGGUUUAUGACACUGACCAGGUGGACCUAUUGAGUGAUAGUGAAUAUGGCUACUACACCUUCAUUACUGUCCAAUUCCUGUGGGAGUACCUCCCAACACUUGCCUCCGUCGUCUUCUUUAGAGUCAAGAAGCCAGUGCUUUUGUCGUAUCCACCCAUAUUGGAACCAAUGUCCCGGUCUGGUAACAGAGCGAGUGAGAGUGAGGAUGAUGGGUCGUUCAAUCACUACUACCCUCACCACUACCUCCACCCACAUAUUUCAUUUCAGCAGGCCUCAGACACUUGGUUUAGUAAUGUGAACGAAAAUAAUGCCGGAGACACCCUCAACCCCUCCUCCCGCACCGGGUCACAUCAGAACACACCGCACUCUCCUGCUCACCGCUUUCUCUACCGCUACAUGGGCUACCGACCCUACCUUGAGAGUCAGUAAUGUGUCCUCACUUUCCUAGAGCUGACAUUAUCUGAUACUACUGAGUGACAACAUGUGUAUUAUUUAUAAUACUCAUGUAAUAUUGUUGCUGUAUAAGUAAGAGUUAAUGACCAAGGAGCAUUUAUAGUCAUUAGAAAGAGACAAGGAGCAUUUAUAGUCAUUAGAAAGAGACAGUUUUCUCUGUUAUUGAAGAAUGGCAACUGAUUAUUGGGGAAAAAUAAUCUUACAGAUAAGAGUAAGAGAUUAAGAUACAUUCCAUAGGUAUUAGGCAGAAACCUGGACAACAAAAGAAAUUAUUGGUGAUUCUUGAAUAAUAUUCACUGACAAUGUCUUUUGGACGUCAGGAUUCUCAAAGUAUACAGCAGCUGUUAGUAAGGCGAUGGGAAUCUCUUUUAACAUAAUGUUAUACAGUUUUGUAAAGAAGACUGGAAAUGAUAGUAAAAAUUUGACAGUUUUAGAAGAAAUUUACCCAGCUUGAAAACUAUUCAAUCUGAGUAGAUGAAUAAAGUUGAAAUUUUAAUUAAAUCAAUUUCUCAUGGAAGAUCAGGGUUUGAUAAUAAUAACCUAUGUGUUCAGGUAAAAGUGUUAAAUGUAUUGAAGAAAGAAGAGACACAGAAUGUGAUAUGGCAUUAAAAGAACUUAAUAUAUUUUCUUUGUCAUAUAAUGCCAGUAUAAUAAUAGCUUUACAUGUACUGUUCAGUUGUAAACCCAAAGAAUUUUUUCUUUUAAUGGAAAGGGAUGUUUUUCCAGUUCACAGUUCAGUAAUAAUGUUGACAAUACUUUUAUAUCCAUGGUGUACAUCCCAUUCGCUAGAUGACUUACACAGCUUUAAGUACAGUAUAAGAGAUGAUGUACAGGUACAUAUAUUUUAUUCUAACACCAUAGAUGAUGACACAAAUGCAGUUGUGAUGUAGCUGGGUAGUAUCGUGGAGUUCAUCAAGGCUGGUGUAUUUAGAUGAAUAUAUAUACAGUAUAUAUAUAUAUAUAUAUAUAUAUAUAUAUAUAUAUAUAUAUAUAUAUAUAUAUAUAUAUAUAUAUAUAUAUAUAUAUAUAUAUAUAUAUAUAUAUAUAUAUAUAUAUAUAUAUAUAUGGGAAUGAGGUCCAAUUUUUGCUGGUUGAAGUGGGAUUUUAUUAUAUCUAUUUAUUUAUUUUUAUUGAAAAAUUGGGUUUGUGAUAUCACUGCAGGUAAUUAAAGUGGCAAAAUGUUAUUUUGUUUUGUAGUGUAAGAUUACAUUUUUUUCCUAACCAUUUACACUUCUCUCAUUGAGAGCAGAUUUACAUGUAACAAGUAUCUUUACCAAUACUUUAAUAUCAGGCUAGGAAAAGUCAGUAGAAUUGGCCUAAGAUACUUCCUUAAAAAUUCUGCUCUUUUUUUUUUUUUUUUUUGCACAUACUGUAGAUAUAGGAAUGUAUACCAAGAGUGUUGCAUCUAUAAGUGAUAAUAAUAAUAAUAAUAAUAAUAAUAAUAAUAAUAAUAAUAAUAAUAAUAUAUUGUGCAUCUGAUACACUACACUGGAGGAUGUUGGUACAGACAUGCUACAAUAGAAUCUGAUGCAUUUAGCUGUGGAACUCUUGGUUCUGGGGUUAUCCAUGUUUGACAACUAAAAAGGUGCUUCUCAAUAUACAAAGUUGUGUGUGUACAUCGGAGCACAGUAAGCAGUAAAUUUAUUGAUAAAUGUGAAGUAAGAUUAUAUCAGUGCAUAGUACUGGAGUACUAUGGUACCUGGCACCUGCUUGGUAGUCAAUAAUACUGUACUGUAUUGGAUUCAGAUACUGUACAGUAAAUAGGUAUGACUUAUAUAAAUGUGUUAGAUAUUUUUUAAUAAGUUUCUGUGUAACGUAUGGUUCUUUUUCUCCUACAAGGAAGGAGGAAGCAUUUUGUUUUAAGAUACCCUUUUAUUGAAGACAUUUACAGUAUUCUUUUAUGGUAGAGGAAAAUAUGUGACUUUCUGUCUUAUUAUAAUCCAGAUGUCAGUGUUACCUGUAAGUAAAUCAAAUCAGUUAAAUGUAGAUUACUUUAAGAAAUCAUAUGCAUUUGGAAUAAACAUUACAGUACUGUACUUAUUUCCAGAAAUUAAAAUUAAUAAUUGGAUAAUGCAUUGUAUUGUAAAGGGAGACAGUAAGUGCAGUGAUGGAGGCUGAGUGGGGAGACUGGAAUCCUUGGUAUGUGUCACUGGACUAUAGAGAGAGCCAAUGAAUCAAAGGUACGUUGCAAACAGAUGUUUAUUUCACCAAAAAGUGCUGCACUACAACCAAGCAGCAGUCUGACGAAAAUAGUGUGCCUAUAGAUUCUGCCGCCUCAUUAGGAAAUGAAUACCGCCAGUCUUCAGAUGAGGUUUCUGGACAUUCAAGGAAAAUUAUUAUUAUGUAUUUAUUUUUUCUUUCAAAUUUCAAAUUUUUUGUUGCAUAUGCUUCACAUUGACCGUACAAUAUUUUAAAGGAAAAUAAUGCCCCACACACUGAGUCUCUCAUCUCUAUUUAAGAAGAGCUUUAUUAAAACAGAUAGAUAAUUACCCAAAGAAUAAUUCUCAGUCAUUAGCCUAAGUAUGUGGUUUGUUUGUGUGGGAUUUGCUUUAUUUUUUAGUUUAUUUUCAGUAUACAGUAGUGAAGUGCAGUUAUAUGUGGUUCUGAAGAAUACAGUAUUUUCAAGUGAACACUCCCACCAGAUGUGACUGUAAGCUGCUUGUGCUCAUACGUGUGGUAGAAAAUAUUUAUGGUUUUCAAAUACAAAUUUUUCAUCAAGAACAUUAGUAUGGUUACAAAAUUAGAUGCUGUAAUUUCCACUGGGUUACAGUAUCCUAAUAUGGUGCCUUCAAUGGAUUACAGUAGAAAUACAUUUAAAAUGCACUGAGGUGAAUCAGCCAUACAUUACAGUACAUCUGUACAGUUGUAAUAAAAUGCAUCUACAUUUUGAUUAUCUGAAGCACAAAGAACAAAUUUCAGGAACUCUGUACAUUAUUGCUAUAUCAGUAUACAUAAUUUGUUAACUACAUAACCUGCAUUUGUGUUCAGUUAAGUACUAUACAGUGUAUGUUUUGUAAUUUUUUUAUUUCUUGCAACUACACAAACUGUAUGUGUAGUGACAAGUGAAGGAUACUAGUAGUACAGUAUUAAGAAAAUGUUAUGAAUAAUAUUUUUAUACUGUAUAGGUAUAUUUAACUUAUGUGUGAAAGAGUGUUGAUGUGGAUAUUUGAACAUUUUGCUGAAUAUUUUACCCUUGUGCUGUAAAUGAAAAAGUAAAUUGGAUAAAAUUUA